CGCGUUCCAAACGGAACAAGGAGGCAGAGCUGCGUUCAGUAUGACCGCGAUCAGGCGUGUUUCUCCAGCUCCGCUGAGCUGCUCUGAAGAAGAGAGUGACCCCGGUACUAACGCCAGUGUAUUCUCAGGGAACGAAAUGAGCAAUGUGAGAGGUUUUUAUCCGGGUUCAGGAGGUUCUUUUCGAAACAAACCGGACACUUCAGGUCCUACAGUGAGGCCGCUUUCCCCCUUCCUGAACCCGGACCCGGUGACUUUCGCUCAGGUCAUUUCCGCCCUGCCAAUCAGCGCGUGCAGUGGAGAAGCAGUUGAGCCCGUGAGCCUCGAGCUUCCUUCACAAACAGAUGAUUUUAACACAGCAAAAUACAUACAUAAAAAAGGCUACAUCAAGAAGCCCAUGAAUGCCUUCCUGGUUUGGUCAAGGGUACACCGGCCUAUCUUAUCCAGGGCCAACCCAUACGCCAGCAGUGCAGAGAUCAGCAUGCAGCUUGGGAUCGAAUGGAUGAAGCUGACUGAAGAACAGAAGAUUCCCUAUUACGCAGAGUCAUGGAGGCUUAGAUUGAAACACAGACAGAAAUUUCCUGACUGGGUUUAUAAGCCAUAUCCAAGGAAGAGAAAGAGAUGCAGCUUAGAAGUGGUACCUCUAGACACUACCUCUAAUGCCUCGACAGCCGUAGCCCUGCCACUGCCUCAGAGAUCUGCACCUCAUGACAUCCCUGUAGCACCAUUCAGAAACUGUAUCUCCCAGGACUUAACCAAUCUAAUGUCCUCUGGAAGUCUGCAGAGUAGACCCUCACAGAGGAUACCUGUUCUCAAGACAAACCACCUUACAGUAAUGGACAUGCCAAGAGAAGUACCAGUCCAUGGCCUGGCAUCUGGAUCUUGGGGCCAGUUCCCUGGCUUUGCCCACUUAUCCUCAAAAGUACCACUGUCUCCUAUAGGUGGCCUCUUUGCCCUACCCUCUUUCCCUUUUGUUUCACCGCUGUACAUGCCUGUAAUGCCAUUCAACCAGACCAGCACCUUGCUUUAUCCUGACAACACAAGAAGUAUGGACGAUGAACCUUUCCGGAACCAUGACGCCUUUUCUGCCUUAAACCAGGAUUGUGCCUUUUAUAAAAAGGGUCUGGAACACAAACUCACAGCAGUGACAUCCACAACAGCGCAGAAGUCCUGAAUUCUGUACCAUCCCUGGACAAAUAUGUCUUGGAGAACGUGUUCAACAAUCUUGCUCAGAAGGGCAACGUCAAAGACAUGAAAGAAGGCGGUGAAAUUAGAAUGCUUAGAGUGCUUUAGUGCAGUGUUUCUCAACCACUGGGCUGCAGCCCAUUAGUGGGCCACAACAUGCCAUCUAGUGGGCCGCAAAUUUUUUUUCAAGUUGAAGCUAAUUUUUAGUCGGGUACAGAGAACUUUCUCAUGAUGUCAUCGUAAGUGUGGAUUUGUUUACGCAGCCAUGUUGCCCGGUGGGCUUUGUAUUGAACAAUGAGCCGCACAAGUGGACGUGAGUGAUUGUAAGCCCAAUUCAGUAAACAUCUACAGAUAAACUUGUAGAAGUUACAUCUAAAAGAACAAUGCCAGAGACCUGUAAUGCUUUUGGAUGUAAUAACAGACGUGGAGAUAACACUGGUUUAACUUUUCACUGCUUCCCAGUGAACCCAGAAAGACAAGAAAAAUGGGGAGCUGCAGUUAAACAGGAAGACUGGAUGAUAAAAACAUCCCUGUGUGUGUGGAGAACAUUUUAUAUCCGUUUAGUGUGAAAGCUCUGUGCAACAUUAAAAUGUAUAUCUGGAUGUGGGCUUUGGACGUGAUAUAUUUUAUUAGACCUAAUGCUUGGCUCGACUAGCAGCAUAUUUGUUAUGUACUGAUAAUGUGGACAAGGCUAAACACAAAAUA